GAGCACCCGGCAGCCUGCAUCGGCAGUUGCUGCGCCUGCGCGCACCGAGCUCGCUCGAAACAGCGCCCCAGGCGGCCGGGAGGGGCGGCGGCCUUGCACGGCAGCCAGUGGGCGGGGCUGAGACCUAUGCUCGCUGUAGAACGCGGGUUCGAGACCUGGCGCUGCCGCUGGCAGCGGCUGGGGCCCUGGGUUAGGGGGUCAUGGACAAAGAACCAGAGGUCAACUAGGACUCUGCUUCCGGGCGACACUGGUCAGUGGACUCUGACCCAGGGCUUGGCCGUCCUGCCCUGGGCCUCCCCCACUCUGGUCACUGCCACUGCCAUGCUGACCCCCAGGACUGCUCUCCUCUUGACUCUGCUCCUGGCUGGGGGCUCCCUGAGCAGGAGGGCUCGGAGACCCCCUCGACCCGCGUCUCCCAUCAGCACUAUCCAGCCGAAGGCCAACUUCGAUGUUCAGCAGUUUGCAGGGACGUGGCUCCUUGUGGCGGUGGCCUCCUCGUGCCGCUUCCUGCAGGAGCAGGGCCACCGGGCUGAGGCCACCGCACUGCGUGUGGCUCCCCAGGGUGCAGCCAUGGCCGUCAGCACCUUCCGGAAGCUGGAUGGGAUCUGCUGGCAGGUACGGCAGCUCUACAGAGACACAGGAGUCGCGGGGCAUUUCCUGCUCCAAGCCCGAGGUGCCCGUGGGCCGGUAGACGUGGUCGUCGGGGAGACAGACUACCGAGGCUUCGCCAUCCUCUACCUGGAGCGGGCGCGGCAGCUGUCGGUGAAGCUGUACGCCCGCUCACUCCCCCCGAGUGACGCGGCCCUGAGUGCAUUCGAGCAGCGGAUCCAGAGGGUCAACCUGACCGAGGACCAGAUGUUGUUCUUCCCCAAGUAUGGUUUCUGCGAGGCCGCAGACCAGUUCCACGUCCUGGAUGAAGUGAGGAGGUGAGUCCAGGGGGCAGCCCUGAACUCGGAAGGAGUGAAGACCCUGAAGGUGAUGGCCCCCGCUGCCCCGUUCACUGAGCCCCGGCACCCCGCGGGGCAGGGCCACCCAGGGGAGGCUGGAGCCGCGCACCGCCCACGGGAGCGCAGGGGCACUGCUUUCAUUAAACGCUGUCUGUCCUGGC